GCGACUGACUUCCAAGUCAUUUCCUCGUUGACCAGAUAAAUCACGAUGGAUGAAUAUCCUUAUCCCAUCAUUGUAGAGGGAGACUGGGGGCCUGGACACGCCAAAAGUGUUAAAAAUAAACUUCAGAUUUACUUUCAGAGUAAGAAAAAAUCUCAGGGAGGAGACUGCGUUGUGCAAUAUAAUGACGGGAGCAACUCUACUACGAUUCUGUUCAAAUCAUCUGACACCCGAGAUGGCGUGCUCUCAAAGUCAGAACACAUCAUUACCAUUGACAAUCAACAAAUCAAGUUGAAAGUGUACAAACCCGGUGAUGUAGAGGAACAGGCACACAGCACUGGACAAAGAACAGAGCAGGCAUGUGGAUAUCAGGAACCAAAUCAAAGUGCCUCUCAGGCUGAUGUGAAGAAGCCUCAAGAGACAAGUGCUGUGGUCCUGGAGAACCUUUCAGAAGAUGUUAAACAAGACGUUUUGACUCUUUUGGUGGAGAACAUCAGUGGUCUUUCUGAAAAUGACUUUAGCAUGGAAUUAAUUCCAGGAUUAAGAAAAGCAGUUGUGACCUUUAAAAACCCCAGUGCUGCAGAAAAGUUCCUUGAGGACAGCAGGACACAUGAAAAGUUUAAGAAGAAUAAUCUGAGGGCCCGUGCACUGGAAAGAAGCACAUGUGUGCGAGUGGAGGAUCUUCCAGCUGAGGUCAACAACAACAAGAUGCUGCUGGAACUAUAUUUUGAGAAAUGGAGCGGUCCAGUAGAAGAAGUUAUCACAAUUCCAGCAGAACAAGCAGCCAUUAUUAUUUUUAAGGAGGAAGAAGCCAAACAGAGAAUUUUGAAGCAAGAGACUUACAUCUGUGAUGUUCCAGUCAAGAUAUAUCCCUACUUUAAAUCACUGGAUACAGUCUUGUAUGGUGGCAAAAGACCCCAAUUGAAGCUGCCUGAACCCAUUACAGUCAGUGUACAUUCUGCCAUCAGGGAGUUCAUCCUCAAGAAAGGGCAGAUUUCCUCCAUUAAAGACCAGAUGAGCUCACACUUCUGCCAAAUAAACAUGGACAAACCUGAAGUUUUACUCAGUCCUGAUCCAGCAUUACUGAAACAGAAACAUGAUGCCAUUGAUGACUGGAGUAAGAAUGCAGUUGAUGCCUUCAAGAAAAUUAUCUCAAACUACACAACAUCUGAGUGGCCAGUGUCACACCCCCUUUUAUUUAAUGUGGAAAUUAAUAUUAAGAAAGUAGUGAAAGAUCAGGUUUUAAUAGACUUGGAUGCCUCUAAAGGUGUGCUGACACUGGCAGGAAUGACCCAUGAGAUAACUGGACUGAAACCCAUCAUAGAGAAGUUUUUGGAGAGAGGAACAAAUCAAAUAGAGAGAGAGAAGAACAGUGUGACAGAGGACAUGGAGAUUUCUCCUGCCAUGUACUCUCUGCUUGAACAAGAUGGCAUGAAAACUGUUUCUCAACAUCUGCGCAUUGACUACAAAAAAAAGAUGAACAGACUUAUUUUAUCAGGGCUUCAUACAGAAACUCUUGCCUUCAAAAAUUGGGUCCUUGAGAAGAAAAUAAAUAUGAAACAGAAGUCCUUACAGAUUAACUAUUCAGUCCUAGAAUUUCUAAGAUCAGUGGAUUGUGAUGAAAUGUCCAGAGAUCUCUUCAUAUCUCAUGGAAUAACUGCUGUCUACACAAUUGAAAAUAGAGGUGUCAUUGUAAUUGGAAGCACAGAAAGAGCACUUAAAGAGGCAGAGAAGAGGAUAAAUACAGUUCUUACAACCAAAAUCCUUGUUGUAGAAGAUCAGGGUAUCCUUCAAAUGCCGGAGUGGCUGGAUCUCAAGAAACAACUGGAGAAUUUGUUCAGUACUGUCAAAAAGAUCUCUGUGUUGAUAAACCUUUCCAAAAAGAGAGACAAAGUAUUAGUGACUGGAUUCAGAAAACCUGUAAUGGAGGUCAGUGAGAACUUAGGACGUUUCAUUGAGAAGCACACUAAAAUCGUAGAAAAGGUUCGUGUCAAAUCACAUGCUGUGGUUGAUUUCAUUAAAGACAGAAAAUCAGAAGACUGGCAGCAUUUCAUUAAGUCUAAUGAGGUGAAAGUCAGUUUUGAUUCAAUGAGACCCUUGAUCGAACUGUCUGGAGAGCGUGCAUUUGUCCAACCAGCUGUGACUUUCUUUAAAUGUUUAGCAGAUGCUCUCUACACGGACACACUGAUAAUUAAAAAGGCAGGAGCAAAGAAGUACUUCUUGGAGCAGGGUAAAAUGAUGUUCUCAAUGCUGUUGAAGGAAAAGAGAUUUUUGGUUGUUCAUCAGGAAGAUGAUAUACUAGAAAAGGAGGAAGAUGAAUUUACUGAAGGUAGUUUUGAAGAUAUUUACCAGGUCUCUUGUGAGGUUCAAAUACCAUGUGGACUAACUGUUACUGUCAGGAAGGCAGACAUUUGCAAGAUCAGUGUUGAUGCUGUAGUCAAUGCUGCUAAUGAAGAUCUGAAGCACACUGGUGGUGUAGCUUUAGCACUUCUUCAAGCUGCUGGACCAAGUCUGCAGCAAAUCUGUGACCAACACAUAAAAGUAAAUGGGCCUCUGAAGCCUGGAGAUGCCUUCAUCACUGACGCUGGUCGUCUUCCCUGUAAAUACGUGGUGCACGCUGUUGGACCUCGUUUUAGUGAUUCAGACAGACAUACUACUGUGCAACGCCUGAGACGUGCUGUGAGGGAAAGUCUGAACCAGGCGUUAAGGAAAAACUGCUCCUCCAUUGCAAUCCCAGUUAUUAGCUCAGGGAUAUUUGGUUGUCCUCUUGAUCUUUGCACAGAAUCAAUCGCCAAGGAGGUGCGUGACUACAUUGAUGAUCAUAACCACAGAAGGUCCAGAAGCACAUUAACUAAGAUUCACUUUGUUGAUAAUAAUGACAGUACUGUAAAUGCCAUGACUCAAGCUGUCAGAAAGGAAUUUGCUGCUUAUAACCUCAAAAUAACUUUCCCUCAUCAAACCAAACCUCCUGGGUAUAAUAACUAUGGAUCAGGCUAUCGUGGUCGUGGUCGUGGUCGUGGUCGUGGCUGUGACCGUGGUCAUGUCCAUGGGAAUGGCCGUGGUCGUGGAAACUAUGGCCAAAGAAACCAAGAGUUUAAAGGUUCCAAAGGUCGUGGUAAUAGAGUCUCUGAAGGACAAGCACACUGGAAAAGAGAUACCUCAAACUCUGGUGGCAGACAAGAUAUAUCUGAGGGGCUGAGUGUUCUGGACACCAAAACCGCACAGGAUGGACUAAAAAUCAUUCUGAGCAAAGGGAACAUCCAGGAUGCACAUGCUGAUGUAAUUGUAAACACUAUAUCGGAGGACUUGGACCUCAGAAAAGGUGCCGUCUCCAGAGCUCUCCUCCAGACUGCUGGUCAUCAUCUCCAGUCAGAAAUCACACGAGCUGCUCACUCAAACACUUUGAAUUAUGGUGAAAUGCUCAUCACAAAUGGUUAUAAUCUGAAAUGUCAAAAAGUCUUCCAUGUGGUUUGCCCGUUUUGGAAGCAAGGCUCAAAAGAUGAGGUACUCACUCAGAUCAUUAGAAAUUGCCUGAAAAAAGCAGAAAGCUGGAGAAUGGCUUCAGUUGUCUUCCCGGCUAUUGGGACUGGGAAACUUGGCUUUCCUAAAGAUCUGGUGGCCAGAAUCAUUCUGACAGAAGUCCAGAAAUUUAAGCCUACAAACGUCCGAAAGGUAACUGUGAUUGUGCACCCUUCUGACCUGGAGAGUGUAGAGUGCUUCACCACUGUCUUUAGACAUGGGAUUCAGGGUCCCAUCACAAAGGAAGUAGUACAUCGACAUGUCAUGCCGAAAAUAAAUAAUUCUGGCAUGUCAGCUCAGACCUCUGAGCUUGUUGGCAGUGUCUCCUCUCCCUCUCUUGGAGUACACAUUAUGCAGCUGGGUCAAGUGACUCUGGAGGUUUCUUCAGGAGACAUAACUAAAGAAAAAACUGAUGCCAUUGUCAACUCCUCAAAUAAGACAUUUUCACUGAAAGCAGGAGUAUCCAAGGCCAUUUUAGAUGCUGCUGGAGUAAAAGUGGAACAAGAAUGUUCACAGAUUGUGGGAUCAUUAAACAUGCAGCAGACAGAGAUUGUGACCUCAGCCGGGCGGCUUCCAUGUGGAAACAUCAUCCAUGUUAAUGGACGUAAUAGUCCAUCCGAAAUUAAGGAUGUUGUUUUGUCUGUUCUGAAGUUAUGUGAGUCACGUCAUAUUACUUCUGUUGCCUUCCCAGCUCUUGGCACUGGUCAGGCUGGUGCAAAACCAGCUGAUGUUGCAGAUGCAAUGGUUGAUGCAGUUGUCUACUUUGUAAAGAAAAAGAAACCGGUGCAUGUAAAGCUUGUGAAGUUUCUUAUAUUCCAGACGAACAUGGUGACAGACUUUCACCAAAGCAUGAUCAGAAGAUCUGGUGAGAAAAUGGGGAAAGAUAAAGGCCUGCUUAGCAAAUAUAAAGGUCAGUAAUACAUGCAUACAUACAUCCCAUCCAUUCUUAUUUUCGUUAAAUGUAGUAAUUUAUCCCUCACUGUUUUUGUUGAAAUGUUUUUCCCAUUAAAUGUUCACCCGGAUAAAAAGACUUUUUCGGAGGGGAAAGAGCAGACUCUCCUGCAAAUGAAGAGUUUGUGAUGGUGGGAGAAGAUAUUGAGCCAGCUGUGUUUCAGCUGUGUGGGGAGACACCAAAGGACCUGAGUGAAGCCAGGGACAUGAUCAACAGCAUGAUAUUGCGGGAGCAUGUGACAAUCCCUAUCCGUGAUCCAGCCAUUGCUCAUUUCACCAAAGAGGAUGGAGAAACACUGAACGCCAUGCAGAGGGAGCUCACAGUCAGUGUCCGGCUUGAGAAGAAAGGCCAAGACUCUGUCAUCACACUGGAGGGUCUGACAAGAGACGUUCACACUGCAGACAAUCGUAUUCAAGACAUGAUCAGAAAGGUGGAAAGAAAGGAAAAACGAAGAAGUGAGGCUUUUAUAAUCAGGAAUGUGGUUAAGUGGCAAUAUCAGGAAAAUGGACGGAGCGUCAAAAACUUUGAUAUGUUGACCAAUUAUGACCUGGAAAAGGCCUUUCAGAAGAAACAGCCUUCAGUGAGAAUCAUGAUCAAUAAUGAAGAAUAUGAGGCUGAUUUAGUUCUCAAAGAGGCCACAAGAGGGAGAUUGAGAAUUCAGUUAAAUAGAAUAGAACUGGAAGGUUGAAAGAGUCCAGAUCACUGCACUUUGGAGAUACUACAUGAUCAAAAAGGUGUGACUGGAAGAUAAAAACAACAAAAACAAUGAAAAACAUCUGAUGCAUUAAACUUGCCCUGAUGACAGAUCAGAUCAACCAUCACAACUUCGCUAGCAUGAAUAGUAUCAGUCAAAUUCAGUAUAAACUGUUUGUAGGAGCCAUGUACAUAUUUUGCUGUGCCACCAGAGGUGUACACACACACACACACACACACACACACACACACACACACACACACACACACAAUAAGAUGUUAAACCUCAUGGUCCCUUAUACCUAAUCAGCAGUUGUUUGUUUACAUAUAUUGAAGUAUUUUCAAACAAGGAAAAUAGUUUGUGCUGAUCACAUACAGGGAUUAUGUAUCUGUGAAUUAAAGAAGCACAAUGAUUAAUAUUAGACACCAUUAUGCAACAGUAAAAUAACUUUACUGAAUCAUGAUAGUAAAUUCUCAUUCUUUUCUACAUUUUGUAAAGAUCCUAAAUUAAUAUUUUCUGUGUCUGUUUCAAUAUUUAUUUGCA